AUGAUGCUUUUCGAUAGGGAUCCAACAGAAUUUGCUCUGGGUAAUUCAUUUCAUGCUCGAUCGAACUCAAUGCUUGACUGGGCUACAGCCAUUUGGCCUAAACUUAUCAUUGAACGUCACACGCAGAAACUCUGCAAAUGGCUUGUACAACUCUUAAUGGCACUCGAUUAUCUGCAUUCCAAUCAUAUCCUUCACCGUGAUGUCAAGUGUUCUAACAUAUUCUUGACAAAAGAUCAAGACAUACGGCUUGGUGACUUUGGACUUGCUAAGGUUCUAACUUCUGAUGAUCUGACAUCCUCUAUUGUGGGGACUCCCAGUUACAUGUGCCCCGAGCUUCUUGCUGACAUACCCUAUGGAUCAAAGUCAGACAUUUGGUCUCUCGGAUGCUGCAUGUAUGAGAUGGCUGCUCAUAAACCAGCAUUCAGAGCCUCUGAUGUGCAGACAUUGGUUAGCAAAAUAAACAAGUCGAUGAUGGAUCCUAUUCCUGCCAUGUAUUCCGGUGCAUUCCGAGGUCUCCUUAAGAGCAUGCUGAGGAAAAACCCUGAACUCAGGCCAAGCGCUGCCGUGUUGCUAAAUCAUCCUCAUCUUCAACCUUACAUCAGUAUGAUUCAUCUCAAGUUACAUAGCCCCAGACGAAGCACUUUUCCUCUCCAGUGGCCUGAUACCGCCAUUGGGGUCAACAGAAGGAGGCGUUCCUUCAGCAACGACACACAUUUGAAACCAACCUUCUCUGAAACAGAGACGCGUUCCGGGUCUUCUUCAGAAAUAACAUCUCAUUCACCGAUAUCUCACGCUAGAAAAGCCUCCCAAAUAACUGUUGGAACAGUCCAUGAAGAGUCUGUGGCUGAUAAGCCGGCGGUGAAGGACAGAACGCCGAGAGUAAAUUCUGCCACAACAAAAGCAUCUGGCACUCCAAGGAAACUCGAAAUCCCAUUAUCCACACCUCGUACUGUUUUGAAACAUGAACUGGUGAAGGUGUCAAACACUCCAUCAAGAAAAUCUUGGCAUAACAGGAGGAGGAGAGCAUCUCUUCCAUUAGUCACCGAACCCACUUACGAGUCAAGUCUCACCCGUCUAUGCGGUCUUAAUUCUCCAGACGUUUCCGUGAAUGCCCCAAGAAUCGAUAAGAUGGCUGAGUUCCCGGAAGAUCUCUUCCCCAUCAACGAGAUAACCCCAAGACAACAAGCUUCGUCUCCUCCUACUGACCGUUCAAUCACAGAGGACAAGUGUAUGGUGCAGAUAAGGUCGAGUUCUGAGCCAAGGCAGAGGAGGUUCGACACAUCUUCAUAUCAGCAGCGGGCAGAGGCUCUCGAGGGAUUGCUGGAGUUCAGCGCUAGGCUUCUGCAGCAAGAAAGGUAUGAAGAGCUCGGUGUUCUUCUUAAACCCUUUGGACCGGAGAGGGUUUCUCCGAGGGAGACUGCCAUCUGGUUGACCAAGAGCUUCAAAGAAGCUGCCGUGUAAUUCAAGCAACAAACGCCUUGUUUGCUUUGCCCUGCAUUUCUCUUGUGUAAAUAUGAAAUGGAGACGCGGUUGAUCCCCCAGUGUUUAAAACGGCAUGCUGGUGAAGAACGACGGAUCUACCUUAUGAAUCACCACUAUCAAAUAAUAUCAGUUAGAACAUGAUCUAA